ACAGCUGCCGGCGUUUUUUUUAUACAGCUAUGCAAUUAGUUUUUGUGCCAUUUAUGCCCUGAUCCUGAUUAUCCUUUUGACGAAAUGCGUACGCCUAAUGCGCACCUGCUCCUCCUCGCUGUCCUGCCUCACCUCCUGACCGUGCAGGGAACCCUCUCCCCCGAUAGCCAGAAAUCAAAGGGCAGAAAAGAACCAAAUGUGCUGCGUGGCCCCCAAGACAACGAUGUCUUCGACCUGGGACUGGUGAGCCCGGAACCCCUGGCCAAGGACAUUCUGGCGAAUCAUAGGGCGUACUUCAAGGAGACGGGCUUGAGGCGCUUCAAUGGCACUACCUUGGGCUAUGUGACGCCGUGGAACUCCCACGGCUAUGAUGUGGCCAAGAUGUUUGCCAAGAAGUUCGACAUCAUUUCGCCGGUGUGGCUGCAGGUGGUGAAGCAGGGCAAUGGCUAUGCCAUGGCCGGUACCCAUGACAUUGACGCCGGCUGGCUGACCGAUGUCCGCAGGAAGGGAAAACAGGCUCACAAUCAGCGGACGGUGAAGGUGUUUCCCCGGUUUAUAUUUGAUCACUUUACUGAUCGCGACAUCAAGCUGCUGCUCAGCGAUGCCCAGGAGAGGACCAAGGUCAACGACGUGCUGAUCAAGUGCUGCAAGGAUAAUGGUUUUGAUGGGCUGGUCUUGGAAGUGUGGUCUCAGCUGGCAGGGCGUAUAGAUGACAAAAUCCUCUACGCCUUGGUCCUGCAAAUGGCCAAGGAGUUUCAAAAGCAACAGCUGCGCCUUAUCCUGGUGGUUCCCCCCUUUCGCAAGGACACGGGCAAUCUUUUUGGCGAAAAGCACAUGGACAAGCUGUACAAGCACAUAUUCGCCUUCUCGCUGAUGACCUACGACUUCUCCAGCGUCCAGCGUCCUGGGGCUAAUGCUCCUCUGUACUUUGUUCGCAAGGCGGUGGAGACCAUUGCCCCCCAAGGAUGCCCCGAUAUGGAGGCAAAGCGAGCCAAGAUUUUGCUGGGCCUGAAUAUGUAUGGCAAUGAUUACACGCCCGAUGGCGGCGGACCCAUCACCUUCUCCCAGUACUUGGAUCUGGUCAAACAUGUGAAGAAGCACUUGACCUACGACGAGCGAGAUGUGGAGAAUUUCUUUGAAGUCAAAAACGAAGACGGUCGCCACAUAGUGUUCUAUCCCACUUUGUACUCCAUUAAUGAGCGCAUCAAGCUGGCCCAGGAGCUGGGCACUGGCAUUUCCAUCUGGGAACUGGGCCAGGGACUGAACUAUUUCUACGAUCUCUUUUAAACUAGCUUUUAGGGGGGCAUGCAAUGCACAAGCAACCAAUAUUCCAGAAUAAACAGUCCGCUAAAGUGGCUAAAGCUUGUAAUUUUAUUUAAA